UCUCUCUGGCUCUGCCCAUUCAGGUGUCUCCCUUCUCCUCCCUGUCUUGAAGGUGUGGCAUUUAGGCAAAGCUUUUCCUGUAUUUCCCUUCCAUUUCUUGCUGGGGCAACUGCCAGCAAAGUUGCUUGCUUCCAAGAAGACAGCAAGCUAGGCCAAAAUUUGACUUCUUCUUACAGGGAGCUAGGCUGGGAGGGAAGAAAAACUGAACAAACAGCAGAGACAAAGCUGCACUAUGGAGACAGCACGAACAAAUGGGACCACAGGAAAGGCAGAAGAAGCAAAGACCUCUGUCUCUCCUAAGAAAGAAGUGGAGGAAGUGAAGAAAUCCACCAGUCCAAUCAGAGGGGAAAAAGAUGCCAGCAAAAGCAACUCCACCAGUCCCUCGCUGGAGACAGGUCAGGUCAAAAAUUCUGUUUACUCUGGGGGUGAGUGGAAGAGACCAAUCAUCCAGUUUGUUGAAUCAGCCGAUGAGAAGAGGUCGACCUUCUUCAAUGUGGAUUCUGGGGAAUCAAAGAAGCCAAUUUUCCCCAAUGUGCAACUAGGAGAAGCUAGAAGGCCCCAGAUUUCCUUCCCAGAGAGGGGGGAUCUGAGGAAGCCUAUGUUCACAAUAGAGACAAAGAAACCCUUUGCCAGUGAAGGGGACGCCAAAAAGCCACUGUUUUCCAGUGGGCAAAUUGCAGAUCUAAGGAAGCCCACUAUCUCCAUCUCUCUUACAGAAGCAGGAGACACCAAGAGAGCCAACUUCAAUAGGGCCGGUAGAGUGGCCGGUUCAAGGCCCCGGGUGAACUUGGAAGAGGUGCUCUGUGACUCCUGCAUUGACAACAAGCAGAAGGCUGUGAAGUCUUGCCUGGUAUGUCAAGCUAGCUUCUGCGAGCUCCACCUGAAGCCCCAUUUAGAAGGGGCUGCUUUCCGAGACCACCAGCUCCUGGAUCCCAUCAAGGACUUCGAAGCCAGGAAAUGCCCCAUACAUGGCAAGACGAUGGAACUCUUCUGCCAGACAGAUCAGGUCUGCAUCUGUUACCUCUGCAUGUUCCAGGAGCACAAGAACCACACUACGGUGACGGUAGAGAUCGAGAAAUCCGGCAAAGAGACGGAGCUUUCUCUGCAAAAAGAGCAGCUGCAACUCAAGAUCAUAGAGAUUGAAGAUGAGGUGGAUAAAUGGCAGAAAGAGAGGGACCGCAUCAAGAACUUUACUACCAAUGAGAAAGCCACGGUGGAACAGCAUUUCAAGGAGCUGAUCCGUGACCUGGAGAAGCAGAGAGAUGAAAUCAAGGGUGGCCUAGACCACAGGGAGAAGGUCGCCGUGGAGAACAUCAGAGAGAUUGUGGAGGAGCUGGAAGACAGAGCCAAACUACUGCAAGAGGAUAAAGAGACCAGGGAGCAGAUAAGCCAGAUCAGCGAUUCGGUGCUCUUCUUGCAGGAAUUUGGAGCAAUGAUGAGGAGCUAUACCAUCCCACCGUCUCUGCCAACUUACAGCAUCCUACUAGAGGGAGAGAAUAUGAGCCCAUCUAUGGGGCUCCUUAGGGAUGACCUCCUGAACGUAUGCAUGAGACAUGUUGAGAAGAUCUGCAAAGCGGACCUCAGUAGGAACUUCAUUGAGAGGAACCAUAUGGAGAAUGGGGAUCACCGUUUCAUGAUGAACAACUACUCUGACUGGAACCAACCAGACAGUCUGAAGAGAUUUUCCAUGUUCUUGACUCCGAAAGGAGGCAAUUACAACACCCGGGCAUGGGAAUAUUCUACCAUUCAGAGCGAGGAAACGAUUGCCUCCGGGAACUCUGCCUUCUCGCUGAAAGCGGGCAAUGGGACCAAGAUGCCAUAUCAGUUCCCCCCAAUUGGCCAGAGUUCACCUGGUGAUUUCAGCAAGCAGUCCGAUGGGAGCCUCUAUAAGAAUGCUUACCCUUCCAUAGUGAGGCACCAAAGCGCUAAGGCACAGCCACAAACAUGGAAGUCCUCCAAGCAAAGCAUGCUGUCUCACUACCGCCCCUUCUACGUCAACAAAGGCAACGGAGUGACUUCCAACGAAGCACCUUGAUCCCUUCAAUGCGGAAGAAGAGCCAGUGAUCCUGGAGGGGGCAAGCAACUGAGAAUAUUCAUGGAUGCCCCUGAUGCUGUAUUAAGCUUGCUGUUCUAAUCUCUCUUUGGGGGGGGUGCACUGCGGGGGAAGGAUGGAAGGGUCUGGGCCAUUCCAGAGGAGCAUUCCCCAAAUACGUUCCCCAUGGUCCCUAGCAUUGUUAUUCUUCAUAUCCCCAGUUCUGUCACAGCUGCCAGGAGUCACUGAGACCCCCAGAUAAAGCUGGGGAUCCCUGUCAGGCCACCAGACCCCACCCAAAAUUCAUAUGCAAACAUACCUGCUUGCUAGCAUGAAUUGACCAGUCACGUGUUCUUUCUAUGUGAACCAUAUAUCUCCUUCCUCAUUCCCUGCUUCACGUUUAUAGCCCACCUUCCACAAAAGGUGGAAGGUACCUCCCAUUUUAUUUGUACAACAACCCUAUGAGGUAGUUUAGGUAGGUAGAAAGUGAUUGUCUGGAGGUCACACUCCCUUCUUCCUCUCCCUCAGUGUGCCGUGGGGGGUGCUAUUGACUAUGUCCUAGUUCCCCAGUGCAAAAAGCUCCCCCAAAUUUGCUCCACCUAGCAUCCCCCCCCCUCGAGGCAUACCGGCUUUUAUGUACAUAUCUGCUUGCUUUAGCGCCUUCUGGUCAUUUGCUAGGAGAAACAAUAGCUCAGGUAACAUAUGCAUUGAUUUGCUUUCCUCGGUCGAGCCAGUAUCCUGACACUGUUGUUGCCAUCGGAGGUUUUAAACCAACCUGUUGCCUGCAUCUUUACCCAUUCCCUUUUGCUCCCCCACCCUUGCGUGGCAUCUAGCAGAUUUUGGACUAUGGUGCUUGCUUGUUACCCAGACACUGCCCCAAACCUGUUUGUUUUUAAUAUCAAUAAAUAUCCCUCAGAUUUUAUAAGCAUUCCUCAUUGUCAAAAAAAAUGAGGCAUAAGGCUGUGUAUCCCAUUAACAUCUCCUUUCCCCCUUGGGUAACCCUCACAAACUAAAGAGCGAGGGAGGGAAAAUCUCUCCUGAUAAUAAAAGAUUGAUUAGAUGUCCUAGCUAUUCCCCCCUCCCCUAAGCCUCAGAUGAUUCCGGCUGAUAUGUUUUGGUUCAGUUGCUUUGUUUUAUUAUCUAGAAGAAAAAUGAUGAUUGUUUUGUUCAGGGGUGAAGUUUUGAGAUUUAUUCUUAUUCUGCAUUGAAUAGGAUUGGGGGGGGGAGGGGGAAGGGAAAAGAUGUAAGAAUUGCAACCCAAACCUAGAGUGUGGGUGAUGCAGCACCUGGUGCCAAAAUGGUAGGCUAGAAUGGUUGUUUUUGUAGGAAUAAUUUUUCCCAAGGCCCUUAGAAUUUGUAACCAUGCCAGAAAGUCACGGACUGUCUCCGGCAAGUCCCAAGAUUCUUAGCUUCCAGCUUCUCCCCUGGGUGACAUGGAGCCCUUUUAAAUGCACCACAUUUUCACAAGAAAAGAUUUGCACCCUACAGAUUCUGAAGGCUUGAGAAGCAAGGAUGGCAUUCCAUCUUGGUUUGUUGUCCCCCCCACCUUCCUCCAUAGUAAGCUUCCUCCUCAGUCGCCAAUGCAUGCAAAUACACACACAUCAAGCACCUGACCAACAGAGGUUACACUUAUCACAUGCUGAAAAUUACUUUGCUACUAAUCCCUUUGCAAAACAAAGCUCCAGUCUGCUUUUUAUCCAUUGCCUUAGACUUUUUAAAAAAAUGCAGUGUGAAUGUUUCCUCUAGGACAUCAUUCUACAUCCCACUUUUUAAACAUUCACGAUUCCAAAGAAAGGGAAGCUGAAACAUAUUUGUAGCGGGGUGAAAACUAGGAAAAAUGCACAUUUAAAAAAAAAAAGAAAUAUUAUGUAAGGGAGAAGAAAGAUACCAAAGGAACAUACAGCACUUGAUGGACUUUAAUUGACUUUUGGCAAGUCGGCGUCUCUGCUGUCAGACGGAAAGGGAGAAUGUUAAAACUAAAAUGUGAAUGGGCUUUGGAACACGGUAUGGUCCUUCCUGAUCUUGCAGCUGGUUUGCAAAUACGUGCUUGCUUAAAAUGUGAUGAAUUAACCUGGAGAGGAGUUGAACUCUUGCAAAGAGGUUACCUUUGCUUCAGCAGCCCAGCUCUUGCAAAGCUUAUCUUGCCUGCUUUUUUUUUAAUAGAGAAAAAAGCACUGGUGAAGAAGUAAACCUGUUGUAACACAUCAGAGAGAACUGGGAACAAAAUAGCAAAAUAGUAAACAGAAGAUAAGAUCCCAGGGUGGUAUGGAGGGUAACUUGGCUUCUACCAAGUCAGUUUAUCACUAAAGAAGAAAAUCUUCUGCCCCUCCCCUUCCCCAUUUCUGUUUUUCAAUCCCUGGGCUCGUCCUCGGACCAGAUGCUGUAAUGAGAAAGACAAGAGUGGAUCUAGGCAUGUACAGAACUCAGAACUGAUAAUCAGAUUAUUUCCGUGCAUUCUGGUUGAAGGACAAAGAAUUCAAGUGAAGAUGUGCUUUUGACAGGACCUUCGAGAAAUCAUCAACUGCUAGUUUCAGAGAGAGUAGAAGAGAAUAAUUAGGCAUGGAAAGGAAAGAGUCUCCAAGGACUUUGCCUAACUUGGGUCAAUGUGCAAACAUUCUGAUUUAUAUUCUCUUAAUUUGAAUUUAUUUUUACAACAUUCCCUACUAUGGAUAGUGUUGCCUUUAAACGUUUUAGGGAAGUUAACGUUAUUUGUCUAAAAGCAUUUUCUCUCUAAGAUCCAGCUUUGUAAGUGUCCCUGAACAGAGUAUCAGAAUAAAGGAUAAUGUGGAUUUGGGAAA